AUGUCUGAUCCACACACUUUGCCAGCCUCAUGGUGGACUUCAGAAAAAAUCUUCGAGUUGGAAAAAAGAGCUGUGUUUUACAAGUCGUGGAUAUUCUGCAUGCAUGCCUCCAGAUUUAAGAACACUGGUGAGUAUUUCCAAUUCAAUGUCGCCGGAAUUCUGUUUUUUCUUCUCAAGGCCAAAGAUGGUUCCAUUAAAGCAUUUCAUAACAUAUGUCGGCACAGAGCAUAUCCUAUUGUCAAGAAAGAUCGAGGCACAUCAGCUGUGUUGAUGUGCAAAUAUCAUGGCUGGACAUACAAUUCUGAUGGUAUAUUGGUUAAAGCUCCAUUUUUCGAUAACGUUGCCGGAUUUAAGAAAAGCGAGAACUCACUAUUCCCCAUUCACACUCAUGUCACGCGUCAAGGUUUGGUAUAUGUGAAUUUUUGCAAUGACAUUGAGCAGUUAAUACCUUUUGACGACUUCUUUAGGGGAAUUUCGCAUGAAUUAGAUGAGUUUGACUUCCCUGACUACGACUACAACAUGUCUUAUGAACUUAAGGGUGAUUUCAACUGGAAAACUUUAAUGGACGGAUACCAAGAGUGCUACCAUUGUCCGACCGCUCAUCCUGGUUUGAACUCAGCUUUCAGGAUGGAAACUUACGAAGUGGUACCAAGGACCAGAUAUUGUCGCCACUAUGCCGAGAUAGUGAGGAAUCCAGACAAAGAGAAGCCAGAAAGGUCCGCAAAGAAAAGUUUACCCUGGUUUUCCUUCGGAAGAAAACAGAAAGUAAAAAUCGAAACCAAGAAAAACCCAGGUGGUGAAUUCAACGGCUUGUGGUUGUACUGCUUUCCAGCUUCGGGUAUCAAUUGCUAUUCCCCAGCAUGGUACUCCAUCCGUGUUUUGCCUAUUGGUCCAACUGAGACAAUUUUACAUUAUGAUAUUUACACAAAAAAGGGGCUCCCUAAGGCUCAGGCCAAAGAGUUUAUUGACUUCUUGCAAUUGGUUGAAUUAGAAGACUUCAACUUAUGUACUUUGACGCAGAAAAAUUUGAACCAGGGUAUCUACAAUAAGGGAUUUUUGCACCCACUGAAGGAAAGGGGCGUUUUGUACUACCAGGGCUUGGUGAGAGACAUGGUUAAAAUGCAUACUGAGUUGGAGGAAAAGAGGAAGGAGAUUGUGAACCCUGCUAACUUACGCGCUUUGGCAUUGUCAAAAAACUACUUUCACGCAAUAUUCCACGAAGGACUGUUGCACCCACCUGUUCAGUCGCGCCUAUCACGAGGUGCUACGGCAACGCCCUUCCCCUCUCUUGGGUUGGACCUGCUCUUAUCACGGGAACCUUAUAGUCACUCCAUGGCUUGCAUGCAGUCGGACCGCGGGCCACAUCCUCGAGGGAUCAGUGUGGAGUCGGACCUGGAAAAUAAAAGGUUUGACCCGGCUUUUUCCGUACUUUCCGUGUAA